ACAAACCAGAAAAGAAAGAGAUUUAGUAUUAAUUGUUGAUGAGGCUCAUAUUGAAACUGAUACUCAACUAGCCAAUGAGGUCAUUAACCUUUUUGACCCGCGAAUUAUCAUUAGAGUAACCGCAACUCCUAAGUUUGAGCCAAGUAUUAGUGAGGUCAGACAAAAAAGGGCUGGAUUUGUGGAGUUUCCAGAAGAAGAGGAAGAGAUUGAAAAAUUAUCCAAAAAAAGGCAAUUUUCAGAAGAUGAAAUAAUGUUGGAACUGGCUUAUAACAAGAGAAUAGAACUUAAAAAAAUUUACGAAAGUUUAGGGUUUGAUAUAAAUCCCUUGGUUUUAAUUCAGCUUCCGAGUGAUUUUAAGGAAAAAGAGGAGGUGGAUACUAAUCGAAAGAAUUCUGUUUUGUCAUAUUUGAAAGCCAAAGAUGUCAAAGCAAAAGAAAUUGCUAUUUGGUUAUCGAAUGAAAAGACAAAUUUGGAUUCAAUUGAAGAAAAUAAUGAUGAAGUGAAUUUUAUGAUUUUCAAAGUUGCUCCGGCUACUGGUUGA